CCGCUCCGGGUGGUAAAAGGGUGCCAGAGAACCACUCGGCUCCAUCCUCCCCCGCCGCCGCCUACCCCUGCCGGUGCCGCCUCCCUUCCAGAGGACCUUCCAGACAUCUUCGGGCCGGGCCGGGCCCAUCCGCCGGGCUUGAGGGAAGAGCUUGGCUACCAGAGCGCCCAGCGCCGAAACCGCACCCCGGCAGCCUGAGUCAGCCGCAGACGCCCCGCGAAGCGCAGCCGCUCAUACCACACCACGGAGCUCCCGACUGGGGCCUGCCCUCCCGCGGCCCUUAGCUGUCCGCAGCGCGCCGGUCUGCCCUCCCGCCGGGCCCGCAGCACGGCGGUGACGCCAUCGGCGUGCGCUGCGGUGGCGGAGGGCCCCGUGCGCGUGUCUCCAAGGCGACUGGCGGCCGCCGCGUGCGGCUGUGUCCGGAGGAUGCGGCGGCCUAACGUUCUGCUCACCGGUACUCCGGGUGUUGGGAAAACCACGCUCGGAAAAGAACUUGCGUCAAGAGCAGGGAUGACCUACAUUAACGUGGGUGACAUGGCAAAAGAAGGAGAACUGUAUGAAGGUUUCGAUGAGGAGUAUGAUUGUCCCAUAUUGGAUGAAGACAGGGUAGUUGAUGAACUAGAAGAUAAAAUGAGUGAAGGUGGUGUGAUUGUUGAUUAUCAUGGCUGCGAUUUUUUCCCUGAACGGUGGUUUCAUAUAGUAUUUGUACUUCGUACAGAAACUUCAUUUUUGUAUGAAAGACUUGAAAAAAGGGGCUACAGAGGGAAAAAGCUGCAAGACAAUAUUCAGUGUGAAAUUUUUCAGACACUUUUUGAGGAAGCUAUGUUGUCAUACAGAAAGGAAAUUGUACACCAGUUACCCAGCAAUACUCCAGAAGAUGUAGAGAGAAAUUUGGAUCAGAUUAUGCAAUGGAUUGAGCAAUGGAUGAAGGACAACAAUUGACACUUGUUGAAAAACUAACAACUGGAUCUCUUUUGGGAGGGUUUAAUAAGUGGCAUUCACAAUUCUUGUAUGAUAAAUGAUACUGUAAUUUGAUAUGGCUAAGAAUGAGCAGCUUUACAAUAGCCAGGUUCUAUGGCUUUAGAACAGCCUCUGAAGGACUCUGGAAGAGGCCUGCAGAAUUUGGGUCUGUAUUCAUGCUUGAGACACAUGAAAAUGUAUCAAAAUACAUGAAAAUUCAGCAGUGAAUGAAAGGAUGAAAUUGAUGUGGUUGGUCACAGUAGCACAAACAGUUCAAGAAUUAAGAGUUGUUUGGAGAUAACAGUUAAAACAAAAAUUUCACCCCUUAGAUCCCCAGGAAAGCUGUAAAAUCAUGGUAAGGAUAGCAAUUUGAGGAACUUGAUUUAAAAAGUGUAAGAAGAGUAUUUUGAGGAAGCGUUAGUCUGUUUCUCAAUUGUCAGGCUAAAACUUGCUCUAGCCUGUUGUUGAAUGUGAGAAUGUUACUGCACAGUCUAUCAUGUAGUUUGAGGAAGAUGCUUUGGAGGGAUGAGAAGUUACUUGUCAAGAGAGAUAUUUGAUGGCACAGCUUUGGGAAUUGUGUAAGGAAACAUCAAGUAUAUCUGCGCUGGUAUGGAAAAUUAGUAAUUUUUCUUUUUCUUUCUGUGUUUUUCUUCACCCAUUCCAGCUAUGGGAUGUACCUCUCACUGUACAUUUGCUUACUCUUAAAAUACCAGCAGUCAUCUGUUCUACUUGCUUGUAAAGCUUGGGUUCUGGGAGAGCAUGGCUAUGAAGAGCAGAAGUAGCCUCCUUUCCCUGAAAAGGUGGCUUGUAAAGCCUUGUGAAAGAUUCUGAACAAAGUGCUAUUAAUAAACGUUUUCUAUACAUGACUUUGAAUAAUAAAAGUAUUUGCUUGAGCAAAA